UCUCUACGGCAACCGGGAGGGCGGCGACACCGCAGAGCGGAGCCGCGUCUGGAUGGCUGGAUGCGGGAGCCCGCUCUCUCUCGCCCCUUGGGCUGUAGGUUGCUCUGUCCCGGUUUCCAAGGCGGCUCCGCUCGGCCGCCGUCUCCGCGUACGCUCCAUUCCAACGAGCGCUCAGCGCCGCUCGGCCGCGCACGACUCGUUUGCACCCAGCCCGGGCGCCCCCGGAGGAACACCAGCCGCCAGCAGCAGCGGCACAGGCGACGCGGAGAAGAACGGGACCCCCGGCUUGCCAUCCGCUCGACGGCUGCGAGGACGUCGCUUCGGGUUCCGUGUCCACUGCGGCCACUUUUACACGGCCUGCCGGUGGACGGCGGUUUGACCACGUAGCGGCGGCACGGAGGACCCCGCCAGCUGUUUUCCUUCUGCUGGAACCCUUCCGCGUGCGGCCUUCCGGGGAAGGCUUCGGCUCGUGAGUGAUCGGUGUGAACUGCUGUCGGCGACAAGAGAAAAAAAAGUUAAGAAGUGGUCCUCGUCGUCGGUCCGUGGACGACGUUGUUGAUGCCGGCGCCGGGUAGGACGCCGCGUUUCCGAGCCCCAUCGGCCCUGCCCGGCUCGGCGUUGUGCCCGCGUGUUGACCAGGAGUAUAUUGCCAGAUCUGGAUAACUGUCACGACGGGCAGACGGCGGCGGUGCCGUACUGCUGCCGGGGCGCGGGGGCGCCAUGCGGCGGUGGCGGCCUCACUCGUGGUGGGCGCUCCUGCUGACCGCCUGCUGCUGCCUGCACCUGGCAAACCCGCAGAUACACCUCUACGUGCCUGCACACCUCCCGGAGGAGUCCGGCUACUCGAGCCGCCAGGGCCAGUGUUCGUACGGCGGCGACGACCGGUGCACGUUCGUGCUCCUGUGCCUGUUGUCCGGCGGCACGGCGGCCGGUCGGUGCGGCAACAGCCUGCUGUACACGUGCUGCGUGCGGCCGCCCCGCACGCGGUCCUCGCUGCCCGCCGACCACACGGCGGUGCAGGCGCUCCAGGCGCGAAGCCCGUCCGCCGCGCGAACCGCCACGCAACGCAAGUACUACCACGUGGGCGACGAAGAUGUCUGCGGGAGGUCAACGAACAAGCCGCAGAGGAGAAUCAUAGGUGGUGAGGAUGCCCAGUACGGAGAGUUCCCAUGGCAGGCCCAUAUCAAGAUCUCCCGUCAGCAGUGCGGUGGAGCCCUCGUCAACCAUUACUACGUUGUUACGGCGGCGCACUGCGUACAUCACACGCCCCUGCGUCGAAUCUCGGUGAUCCUGGGCGCGUACGACAUCCAGGACCAGCGGUACCAGUCGUCCCAGGCGCAGGCGUACAGCGUGCUCGAGAAGAAGAUCCACCCGAACUUCGCCUUCUCGGCGUCGCAGCCGGACCGCUUCGACGUGGCGCUGCUCAGGCUGGACCGGCACGUGCGCUACCAGGAGAACAUCCUGCCCAUCUGCCUGCCGCCCAGGGGGUGGACCUUCGAAGGGUGGCGAGCCACCGUCACCGGAUGGGGAAAGACAGACUCCACGCUCAGUAACCGCUACGGCACGCGGGUCCUGCAGAAAGUGGAGGUGCCCAUCAUAACGCGCAGCGAGUGCGAGCACUGGCACCACAUCCGCGGCAUCCGCAUCAGGAUCCACCAGGAGAUGAUGUGCGCCGGCUACAAGGAAGGGCGCAGGGACGCCUGUGUGGGCGAUUCCGGCGGUCCGAUGAUGCUGAACUUGAAUGGUCGGUGGACGCUCGUCGGAAUCACGUCAGCAGGAUUUGGAUGCGCGCAGUCGUUUCAGCCCGGCAUAUACCACCAAGUGUCCAUGUCCGUCGACUGGGUCAUCGCGAACAUGCAGUGACCGGCAGCAUGACACACGAAAGAAACGACAGUGUUCCCACCCUAUGUGCAGGCAAAGUGUCCACUGGGAAGGGAAGGCGGGCACAAAACGAGAAGAGAAACAUUGCAAAGGAAAGGAGCAACACUAAGAGAAAGAAAAAAAAAAGCAAGCAGCAAAGGUAAAAACACAUGUGCUGCGCAUUCCUACACGGCGCUUCUGUUUUACAGGAAUUGUUAGGAAAUGGAAGACUACCGAGUGUCUGCAAGUGCGGUAGAUUACACGCUCGAUCGUGACUCGAGUACAAUGGACAACAACGGCGGUGAUGACGAACAUCGAGUGAACAGUGUUUGCUGCAGUCCGUGGACAAAGUGCUCGGCGAUGAAAGCGUGUGUUGCCCGAGGGAGAAGGAACGCCGGCGACUGAUAUCAAAUCAAACGUUAUCGACCAAGGGACGAUGUGCCAAUCGUACUCUUCCCGGAUGAUGGGACAAUGGCGCAACUUGCCUUUUUUUUUUUUUGUGCGUGUGUGUGCGUGCGUAGCGCGCUCCUUCCACGGUAGAGUGUCCGUGAACUGACGUGUUGUUACAGCGACUCAUUAAAUGUUAGGUAUUUCCAGCA